UAUGGAGAAACGUGUAAUAACAAAUUUGAUCCGAUGAAUUUAGUAAAUUUCUGAAAAUAUAAGUUUCCAAAUUUCAGGUGUGUUCAACAAAUUGAAGGACAAGGCUACUACUAAAUUUCAAAACCGAUCUCCCUGAUCCAACAAGGCUCUGAUAAUUGAAUUGAAAAGAAAAAUGGGGGACAGGCAUGGAAGUGAUGACAAAGGACUGUUUUCUCAUCUUGCUGGAUAUGCCGGGGGCCAUCACCACGUAGGCUAUGGGGCAUAUCCACCUCAAGGAUAUGGAUAUCCACCACAAGGUUACCCGCCUUCCGGCUAUCCUCCACAUGGUGGAUACCCACCCGCAGGCUAUCCUCCUCCUCCAGGCGCAUACCCGCCACCUGCAUAUCCUCCACCUGGUGGAUAUCCUCCUGCAGGUUACCCUCCCGCCUGCUAUCCGGGUCAUUCAUCACAUCAUGGACAUGGACCUAAUAUGGGAGGUAUGCUAGCUGGUGGUGCAGCUGCAGCUGCAGCUGCAUAUGGGGCUCACCAUCUCAUGCAUGGUCAUCAUGGUCGUCCUUUCGGCCAUUAUGGCCAUUACGGCCAUCAUGGCAAGUUUAAGCACGGAAAAUUCAAGCAUGGGAAGUUUGGCAAGCGUUGGAAACAUGGCAUGUUUGGCAAACACAAGUUCAAGAGAUGGAAGUGAUUCAUUAUCCAAAGUUUACAGGAUUCCUGCUAUAAGUUCUUGCUUGUUGAUGAAUUUCUUGUGCAUUUUGUGUGUCUAUCACUGAUAUAUAUUCGCGUAUUAUCAACACCCUACAUAUGGUUUGGUGUAUACAGUGAUUAUAGUUUAAAUUUGAAGUUGAUUACUUUCUGCGAGAUGUUAUCCAUAUUAUUCCAUUUUAAAGUCUCAUCUUGAUAA